UUGAGUGUUGCUGACGACACGCUGAUAACCAGGAGUACGGUGAAAGUAACUUUAGCUAGCUGGUAUUUAGAAUUUUUGAAAUGUCUAACGCCACACCCGUGACCAAGCCUUCAAACAAAGAGAACCCCCGUGUCUUCUUUGAUGUAGACAUUGGUGGUGAAAGAGUUGGCCGAAUCGUGUUCGAACUGUUUGCUGAUGUUGUCCCCAAAACUGCUGAAAACUUUCGAGCACUCUGUACUGGUGAGAAGGGAACUGGCAAAACCACCGGGAAACCACUCCAUUUCAAAGGAUGUCCUUUUCACAGGAUCAUCAAGCAGUUCAUGAUCCAGGGAGGAGAUUUCUCCAACCAGAACGGCACUGGAGGAGAGAGCAUCUAUGGGGAGAAGUUUGAAGAUGAGAACUUCCAUUACAAGCACGACAAAGAUGGCUUGCUGAGUAUGGCCAAUUCUGGACCCGCCACCAAUGGCUCCCAGUUCUUCAUCACCACUGUGCCCACUGCUCAUCUAGAUGGCAAACACGUUGUCUUUGGACAAGUCUUGAAGGGGAUGGGGCUGGUGAAAACACUGGAGGCCAUAGAGACCAACGAGGACACACCUCUCAAGCCAUGUGUAAUUGCUGAGUGUGGUGAGCAUAAAGAUGGAGACGACUGGGGAUUAGCACCGAACGAUGGCUCAGGGGACACCCAUCCAGACUACCCAGAGGACUCCGACGUUGAUUUAAAAGAUGUUGACAAAGUCCUGUCUGUUGCUGAGGAUAUUAAGAAUAUUGGGAACAACUUCUUCAAGAACCAAGACUGGCAGUCUGCAAUCCAGAAGUACUCCAAAGCUCUCAGGUAUCUGGCGGUUGGCGGAGACGAGCAGGAGAUUGAGAAAGCCCAGGCGAAGCUGGAGCCCACGGCGGUGAGCUGCAUUCUCAACACCGCUGCCUGUAAACUGAAAAUGCAGCUCUGGCAGGAAGCCAUGGACAGCUGCGACGAGGCACUGGAGUUGAACCAGAAAAACACUAAAGCUCUGUUCAGGAGGGCCCAGGCCUGGCAGGGACUGAAGGAGUACAGUAAAGCCAUGAGUGAUCUGAAGAAAGCUCAAGAAAUAGCACCAGAGGACAAAGCGAUCGGAAACGAGAUGAAGAGAGUCCAGUUGAAAGUGAAGGAGGAAAAGGAGAAAGAGAAGCAAAUCUAUGCAAAAAUGUUUGCAUGAAGAUCAUCAGACAAUCAUUUGAUAUAGGCCUACCCUUGAAGUCCACUCGCCAGUAAUUAGUUAUUUCUGUAAGGCAGCUAGCUACAAUACAGGUCCCAAUUGAAAACCAUCACUGUAUAAUAUUGGCUGUUGUUGGAAGUUCCUUUUAUGUUUUAUGAGUGGCACAUAAGGGUAGCCGAAAAUGAAGUGUGGGUAAAGAGGAAGCUCAACCCUGUCUGCAUUUUACUAUUCGUUUAUUUGGAGGGUUGUUCUGUCAAUGAUACUCAUGUUUACAAAGAACUACUGUAAUAUCCCUUUGUCUGAAUGUUUAAGAUAAGCCAUAAGAUGAAAUGUGGUUGGUUAGUUAAGACUCAAAUUCUGGACUUUGCCUACUCCACCUGUAUGCAGUGCAAUUAAAUUCUACCUGUACGUUCAA